UAGUAAUGUAAUGUCAUAUCAACAUUUUUCAUAUAUUGUUGUUCAACAAAGUUAUUUAUAAUGUUCUUGUAUAUAUUUUAUUAUGGAAAGUUAUCAACCCGAAUAUGACAAGAACGGUUUACUGCCUGAGACCUUCUGGAGGACACCACAUCGUGCGUACCCGGGUAGACCUCUGCAAAGGGUUGGUCAGACCGAGGUUAUGUCUGGGUCUUCAUAUCAACAGUUCCAGGCUUCUGUGAACGAUGCCUGGGACUUGGGCGACGACGACAUCGUGUCUGGAAUAGCCGAAACGAAAAUUUCAAAAGCUAUAUCACAAACCGCGGCGUUGAAUGUGAUUAAUUCCCAUAGAAAUAGUAGUAAAAAGUUAAGUGAUUUGCAAGAGACUGAAAAUGUGACGCCCCGUGUAGAAGUUAGGAAGAAUGAAGUCAGGAAGUCUGGUGGUCCAGGAGGGUCCUCGGGGCCCAUGCGCCAUUAUCCAGGGCGUCCGCGGGCGGUGAGACCGUCUGCUUUGCUUUCAAAGGAGGAGAGCAGUGAAUCAAAAUUGGAGAGAUUCCAGCAAAUUCAUGAAAGCACUGUUGUUGACCUGAAUGAGUUGAAGCAACUCAGUUGGUCAGGAAUUCCAGUUAAAGCUCGAGCUAUAACAUGGCGUCUGCUUGCCGGAUACCUGCCCGCCAACUCAGAACGGCGCGUAGAGACUUUAGAGCGGAAGCGUGCGGACUACAAACACUUAGUGCGACAGUACUACGACGCGGAGAGAGAUGAUGACACAUACAGACAAAUACACAUAGACAUACCCCGGAUGAGUCCACUGGUUGCGCUGUUCCAACAGAGUACUGUUCAGGUGAUGUUCGAACGUAUACUCUACAUCUGGGCUAUCCGACACCCAGCCUCCGGAUAUGUCCAAGGCAUCAACGACCUGGUGACGCCGUUCUUCAUGGUCUUCCUCCAGGAGGCCGCCCCUGGGCAGGAGCUGGACAAUUUCCCCCUGGAUAAGCUCACGGAGUCGCAGCGUGAUAUCAUAGAGGCCGACUCGUUCUGGUGUCUCUCCAAGUUCUUGGACAGUAUACAGGAUAAUUAUAUAUUUGCUCAACUCGGAAUUCAGUAUAAGGUGAACCAGUUAAAAGAUCUGAUCCGCCGUGUAAAUCUACCCCUCCACGAACACCUGCAAACCCAUGGCGUGGACUACCUCCAAUUCUCGUUCCGGUGGAUGAACAACCUCCUCACCAGGGAGAUACCACUGCCAUGCACCAUCCGCUUAUGGGACACCUACCUCGCAGAGUCUGAUGGCUUCGCUACCUUCCAGCUAUACGUAUGCGCAGCUUUCCUACUCCACUGGCGCGAGCGUCUCAUGCUGGAAAAGGAUUUCCAAGGCCUCAUGAUAUUACUGCAAAACGUACCGACUCAGAACUGGACGGACUCAAAUAUUAGUAUGUUAGUGGCUGAAGCGUAUAGGUUGAAGUUCGCGUUCGCUGAUGCCCCCAAUCACCUGCACAAUGCUGGUAAGUCUGACAGGUGACGUGGGGGAAGCGGACGAAAGGAUACGAGUGGAUAUGGCAGGGUAAAUAUAGAUGUGUCCAAAUUAGGCCUGUUAUAAUUUCUAAUAUGAUAUUAAUGUACUAUGAUUUUUUUAUUUUCAUACCCCUACUUUAUGGCUUAACAACAAAUGAGCAUGCGGCUCACCUGAUGGUAAGAGAUUACCGCCGCCCAUGAGCACCCGCAAUACCGGGGUAAUUGCAUGUGUGUUGCCAGUUUAAGAAGGAAAAAGCUCUGGUUUUAAUAUCGUAUCAGUUCGGAAAUACCAUUGCUGUAAGGUGAUUUAACAAUGUGGUUGUGCGUGGCAAAAAGUUUUCAUUGGUUGGCAUUCAUAAAGAUGAUCAGGAUGGUAUUUUAGUUUCUGGUAGUACGAUUUAAAAUUAAUUUUAAUUUGCUGUAAUCGAUCGAUUAUAAUCGUUAAAUUACUCAAUAUAAGGAAAAGUUUAAAUCGUUAAAUGAAUCGAGUUAAUGCUUAAUGUAAAUCGUUAAAUUUUUAAAGGUUAAU